AUGAGCGAUGCUUUCGGAAGAAAACCAGCAGUGAUUCUUAUUCGGUCAUGCAUGGUGAUUGCGAGUGCUGGAACGAUGUGCGUGGCCUGGUUUCAAGCACCGAUAUGGCUGGAUUUUGCGCUCGGCUUUUUUUCAAUGGUCCCGUGGAACUCGGUGCCCUUUGCCUACUACAUAGACCGCAUGGACCACGCUCCAAGCAUUGUCUAUGGAAUCAGCCUUGUGGAAGGGUCUGUGGUACUGUGUGGCAUUUUUGGCACCGCGCUUGGCAGUUUUUUGACCAUGAAGAUGUCGAUCCUAGUGCAAUUCGGCGGGAAAAUUGCCGCUCUGCUCCUGGCAAUAUUCAUUUUGCCGGAGUCUUUGCCCGUCGAGAAGCGUAUGCCAUUUAAGCCUUCAGACUUGCUGCCAACAGCCGCAUUCCAAAUGCUGUUCCAGAGUCCAGUUGUCGAGAAAUUGACAGCCAUCGGUGUGAUUGACACGUUUCAUUGGUCGGGCUACUACACUAUGCUGGCAAGAUUUUUGCAGGGCCACUUGGCGUGGAGCAGGCAAGAAUCUUACACCGGUGGCUUUGUUGAGCAGAUUUCCCAGAUAGUUUGGCUUGUCAUGGGAGUGAACAUCCUAUUGCGCACAUUCGGGCAGGCGGGUCUGAUUGCUAUAAGCACAGUUGCCUGCGUGCUGUCCAAUGUUGCACAAAUGCUUUCCACUGAGCCUUGGCACAUCUACGUGAACAACCUGCUGCUUGCUGGGCCUAGUGUUAUGGGCUCUGCUGUGGUUGGCGGGAUAAUCGGCAAGGCGGCCGAUCCCAGUCAGCAAGGCAUGUUGCAGUCUGCACUGGGCCUAGUAUUUCAGGUGGCAGGUGCUCUGGGUCCUGUUGCGUUUGCCACUGUGUAUCAAGCUCUGGAUCCGACAGCGCCUGGUGCACCCAUGUGGAAGAUGUACGUUUACAUCACAUAUGGAGCGCUCUUUGCCGUGCCCAGUCUGGUGCUCCUUUUCUCCCUUCGCAGAAACAUGGGCGACUCUGGAAUGCCUGGAAUCACGAAGGAUGAACUGUCAAAUGCCAAUAGUGGAGGGUAA